AUGACCGGGCUGACCGUGUGCCGCCGGGGUCUGGGGCUUGCGUGCAGUGACAUUUCCGAUCCAGAAGAACCCCCACCCCCUGUACCAGCAAAUGGAAUUCAGGGGGUUAACCGGAGGUUCGAGCCCGGCAGUCACCAGACCUUGCAGGGAAGCUGUGAUUCUUCCAGACUGCGGAAGGAGCCCCCUCCUGCCCCCCCUCCCCCGGCUGCUCACCUGAAGGUGGCACCUUUUGGUCCAGUCAGGAAAGGGGGGUCCCUCCCUGACCACAAUCUCUCUUCUCCUCGACUUCUUCCAGCGGUGAAUCUCACAGGCAUUGACUGGAAAUGGAAGGAGAACACCCGGGCCCACCACACCCACCAGUUCAGGACCAAAGAGCUGGUGGUGCGCCGGGGGGAACCCUGGACUCUCACUCUGACCUUCCGUAAGACGAAGCCAUCGGACAGCCUCACCUUCAUCGUGGAAACAGGGGCAACCCCUGUUCUCCAGGCCCAGACGCGGGUGGCCUUUACCACGACCCAGGCUCUUCAGUAUGGAACUUGGUGUGCGGUCCAGACCUCCUCUGAUGCCAACUCGGUGACAGUCUCCAUUUCGAGCCCGGCCAAUGCCAUAAUUGGACGCUAUAACCUCAGCGUGAGAGCCGGCUCCGGAAGCAGCGCCCCCGACACCAGCCUGGGCACGCUGGUCUUGCUCUUCAACCCUUGGCUGACAGGGGAUGAUGUGUUCAUGCCAAACAGCGCCGAGCGCGAGGAGUACGUCCUCUCGGAGUCUGGCCUGAUCUUUAUGGGCAGCCCCUAUUAUAUCUCUCGGAUUGGAUGGAACUUUGGACAGUUUCAAGCUGGCAUUCUGGAUAUCUGCCUCGCUAUGCUGGACCUGAGCAAAAGCUUCCGGAAGGACGCCCACAGAGACCUGACUCGCCGGAAUGACCCCAAGCACGUGGGCCGAGUGAUGAGUGUCAUGGUCAACAACAUCAGUGACUAUGACAUAGGAGUCCUGCGGGGCAACUGGAGCGGGAACUACCGGGGCGGGGAGAACCCCACCUUCUGGACUGGGAGCGUGGACAUCCUCCGGCGGUGGAAGGCUUCUGGCUACAACGUGGUGAAGUAUGGGCAGUGCUGGGUCUUUGCAGGAGUUUUGAACACCGUCCUCCGGUGCCUGGGAAUGCCUGCGCGCGUGAUCACAAACUUCAACUCGGCCCAUGACACAGACAGAAACCUCACAGUGGAUGUCUACUACGAUGAGUCUGGAAACCCCCUGGGAAGGGACGACGACAGUGUUUGGAACUACCACGCGUGGAAUGAAAGCUGGUUUGUUCGGUCUGACCUGGGCUCUGCAUACAGUGGAUGGCAAAUUCUGGAUGCAACGCCACAGGAGAGAAGUGCAGGCCUCUUCCGGUGUGGUCCAGCUUCCCUCGUAGCCAUCAAAGAGGGAGACGUGGACUUGAAGUACGACUGCCCCUUUGUCUUUGCGGAGGUCAACGCGGACUGCGUCAGUUGGACGCACAACAUGUUCACAGGAGGGAAAAAGAGACUCUACACCGAGACCAAGUCAGUCGGCCAGUUCACCAGCACCAAGGCCGUGGGCCGCUAUGCCCGGGUGGACGUCACCGACAAUUACAAAUACCCAGAAGGUUCUGCUGAAGAAAGGAAAGUCUUUGAGAAAGCCUGGUCAAAGAUGAAUAAAAACGCUCCAGCUGCUUAUCCGCUUCCUCUAAAGCCCAGCAUUUUGGGGAAAUUCAAGGUGGAGAACACCCCAGAGGUGGGCAAAGAUAUCCACGUAGCUUUGAUACUCACCAACCCUACUUCUGAGCCCAAGACCGCAGAGGUGUACAUGACUGCAUGGACCAUUGUCUACACGGGGAAGCUAAUCCAAAAGAUCUGGAAGAACACUCAGUCUGUGACCCUGAACCCCAAAGAAGAGAAAACUUUCCCUGUGAAGAUCACCUAUGAGGAUUACCAGCAGCACCUGACCACAGACAACAUGAUCCACAUCACAGCCUUGUGCCGCCCACAGGGGGGGGAUUGGGACACCCUGGUGGAGCGCAACCUCAUGCUGGAAAACCCCAGCCUCACCGUGAAGGUGCUGGGGCAGGCGAAAGUGAACGAGGCGGUGCAGGUGGAGGUGCUGUUCACGAACCCUCUCGCUGAGUCGAUCAAGGACUGCGUGCUGCACGUGGAGGGCAGCGACCUGCUGGUGGAGAAGCUGAAGCUGGACGGCCGCCCACUAGAGGCCAAGCAGCAGGGAGCCAUCCAGUUUGCGCUGACCCCCAGCAAGGCUGGCACCAAGCAGCUGCUCGCCAAUUUCUCCUGCGACAAAUUUCAGCACGUCAAAGCCUUUGAGAUACUGGACGUGGCGCAUUGAACCUGAAGUCCACGGUGGCCUGGCAGACUGGAAGGAGGCCGCUGCUGUUACCCACUGCCAGGGGUAACUAGAAAGUGAUUUCAGAGUGAUUUCAGUUUGGCAGCAAUGAGCAAAUUCAGAGGCAGGCUAACCUUUUAGAAACAGAAGGGUUCUUUAAU